AGUACCACAACCCCCGGCCGAGACCCGCAAUUCGGAUCCACGCAACUACUGGUCAGAGGCUCAGAAGGCUUUCAGCGCCGUGCCAACGACUGGCAGACAAGGAUCUCUCUCUCUCUCUCUGUCUCUCUCUCUCUCACAGAAGAGAGCACAUUCCCAAAAACCCAGACGGCUUCCAAACUUCCUCACCAACCAACCCUAAAUUGAAAACCCUAAUUCUCGCAUGAAACUUAUCCACCAAAUUCCUCAACCCUGAUCUCCAAUGUCCUCUGAUUCCACCACCUCUUCAACCUCCACUGACGACCCCGCCAACGGAAAUCCUGACCCCAAUCCCAACCACUCCAUCGAGGACCAAUUGGCAUCCACCUCAUUGACCGACCAUGGCGACCAACGGACACCGUCGAAUCAGGAAAACCGAAAUGGCGUUGAUUACGCGUCGGCUAGCGAAGGGAGCGCCGGGAGCGAUCAGCGGGAGAUCGAGAACAGCGUAGAGCAAGUGCCUGCGGAAGUGGCUGAAGAAGAGGUUAGGAGAAGUUCCGAUGCAGCUGGUGGUUUAACUGAAGUGGAGGAGGAGUUGAACAAGGGUGGUUCGGGACGACGUAGUGUUGUUUGGAUGAGGACCAAUUCGGAGGUGGAGGUGGACGGUCCGUCGAGCCCUAGCAGUAGUGGGUACGCUGGAGAAAGAGGCAGCAGUGCGAGUAGUGGCGGUGCUUCGGGGAUUGAUGAGGUUGUUGAAGAUGAAAUACAGGAAGCUAGAAACGAUUCUGUUGAUGCGGUUUUAGAUUCACAGGCUUCGUGGGUUCCUGGAAAGCGACAUGUAGAUGAGGAUGAUGCUUCAAUAUCAUGGAGGAAAAGGAAAAAACACUUUUUCAUUCUUAGUCACUCUGGCAAACCUAUAUAUUCCAGAUAUGGCGAUGAACACAAGCUAGCAGGAUUUUCAGCAACAUUGCAAGCCAUUAUUUCCUUCGUGGAGAAUGGUGGGGAUCGUGUCAAAUUAGUGAGGGCUGGAAAGCAUCAGGUGGUUUUUCUUGUGAAGGGACCAAUCUAUUUAGUAUGCAUCAGCUGCACAGAAGAGCCAUUUGAAUCACUGAGGGGGCAAUUAGAAUUAAUUUAUGGUCAGAUGAUACUCAUUCUAACAAAGUCAGUGAAUAGAUGUUUUGAGAAGAAUCCAAAGUUUGAUAUGACACCUUUACUUGGAGGAACAGAUGUUGUAUUCUCUUCUCUCAUCCAUUCUUUCAGUUGGAAUCCAGCUACCUUCCUCCAUGCAUACACAUGUUUACCCCUUGCAUAUGCAAUAAGGCAAGCAGCAGGUGCCGUAUUGCAAGAUGUUGCUGAUUCAGGCGUGUUGUUUGCAAUAUUGAUGUGCAAACACAAGGUUGUCAGUCUUGUUGGUGCUCAAAAAGCUUCUCUUCAUCCUGAUGACAUGCUGCUGCUUGCUAACUUUGUUAUGUCUUCAGAAUCAUUUAGAACAUCAGAAUCCUUUUCUCCUAUUUGCCUGCCAAGAUAUAAUCCCAUGGCAUUUUUGUACGCUUACGUGCACUAUUUUGAUGUUGAUACGUACUUGAUGUUGCUUACGACCAGUUCAGAUGCCUUCUAUCAUCUGAAGGAUUGCAGGAUUCGAAUCGAAAUGGUGCUUUUGAAGUCAAAUGUUCUUAGUGAAAUUCAGAGAUCCUUGGUAGAUGGCGGGAUGCGUGUUGAGGAUUUACCUAUUGAUCUGUUACCUCGUUCUGGUACUUUUCCGCAUUUGGGCCAACACAGACUUCCAACAGAUUCUCCUGAGACUUUCAGGGAAUUACCUGUUGGUGUAGGUGGUCCUGCUGGACUUUGGCAUUUUAUAUAUCGUAGUAUAUUUCUAGAUCAGUAUGUAUCUUCUGAGUUCUCAGCACCAAUUAGUAGUCCCAAGCAGCAGAAGAGGUUGUAUAGGGCAUACCAGAAACUUUACGCUUCCAUGCAUGACAGAGGAAUUGGACCCCACAAAACUCAGUUUAGAAGAGAUGAAAACUAUGUUCUUCUCUGUUGGGUCACCCAGGAUUUUGAACUUUAUGCGGCAUUUGAUCCACUUGCAGACAAGGCAUUGGCGAUAAAAACAUGCAACCGGGUUUGUCAAUGGGUGAAAGAUGUGGAAAAUGAGAUCUUUUUGCUGGGAGCGAGCCCCUUUUCAUGGUGAUAUCCCAUAAUAUCCUGUAAAACACUGCAUGUACAAUAGUUUUUUGUUUAUUUAUUUAAUAUAAUUUACGUAAAAUCAUUUUUUUGUUGUCCACUACGCCUUGCAUAUUUAAUGAGAUGGUUCGUAUAGGGAAGAAAAUCUAUAAAAUAACUUCAUUUUCACCUUUCUAAAGAUUUGCCUUGGGAAUCAACUGUAAGAGCAUCCUUGAAAGUUGAGACUAUCUUUGUAUUCAAUGAAGCAAUAAUAAUAAUAAUCAUCAUGCACUGUAAUUUGCGGUGCAGUAGAGGAAGAGACAUUAAAUUUCGGACCA